UUUCUUCAAAGAUGUCCUACCCAACAACUCUGUUUGAAAUUGGUGGUGGAGGAGGGUCGGCGUUUUCAUUUACCGGUCAGAACAAUGGUGCAAGUUUAGAGAAGAUUGGUGUCUGGGUGGAAGACUGGCAGGUGAAGGCUGUCAAGGCUUGGCUUUCAGAUGGCAGAAGUGAUACCUUUGGCAAACCAGCCGGAUCGUAUCAGGAGUAUACAUUCCAGCCUGGUGAGUGUUUCACCUCACUGUCCCUCUGGGGGAAUGGAGCAGGAACACGUCUUGGAGCCAUCAAAUUCAAGACCAACCAUGGUGGAGAUUUUUUUGCAAAGAUGACGAGCUGGGGUUUAAAAACCGAAUAUCCCAUUGAUAUUGGCUCUGGUUAUUGUUUGGGAGUUGUAGGAAGAGCUGGUGCAGAUGUUGACUGCAUGGGAUUCAUGUUUCUCAAUUCAGUUCAGUCAACAGUUCUCACCAAUGUCAACUAUCCCACAAUAAACCAACUGAUACCACAGGUGACCGUGGAAGAGCUCAAAUCAGUUGCUUUCACAAAUGACUCCUCUGAAAAACAACAGCAAAAGGUCGAAACCUCAAAGAAAAUGAUCAAAACAUCUUCAUGGUCGAUGACUAACAGCUUUACAGCAACAUUUAGUGUGGGAGUGAAGGCAGGGAUUCCAGAGGUUGUAGAAGUUUCUACAGGAUUCAGUUUCACCGUUGGAACGGAAAGCACUUACAGCCAUGAGUACACUGAUGAGAGAACCGAAACUCUGACUACCACUGUAGAUGUGCCACCAAGAAAGAAGAUUGAUGUUGACAUCACCAUUGGAAGAGCCGCAUUUGACCUGCCUUACACUGGCACAGUGAUCAUCAAUUGCAAGAACGGCAGUGUGUUACAGUAUGAAACCAAGGGUCAAUACAAUGGUGUCACUUACACUGAUAUAAAAGUGAAUACUAAAGAAUCUGAUCUGUAAUGUUAAGACUGAUUGAUUGUUUUUGGCUGGGCUUUAUCUGACUUUUACCAGCAAUGUAUCACUCUGUUUGCUCCGAAAUACUCUGCUUUUCCAAACAUUCUCUAAUUCUAUUACAAAAUGUUUGUCACUUCAUAUUUGUGCAUUCUCUUUAAAGUCAAUCUCUAAUACCAGAUUUGUACUUUUAUACAAGAGCACUUAAUAAAAGCAUUUAAUGAUC